CCCUCGCCCAUCGCAUCGUUUUUUGACCUCCGAAUCAAACCCAUCAUAUUAUUAAACCCAACACCCACUUUCACUUCUUCUUCUACUUCUACGUUUUUCACCAUCCCAAUUCUUGCUCUCAACAAUUUUCCAUCUCAAUUUUGCUUCUCUGCAAUUGAUGGUUUGCUACCAUGGCGGUGGAGCUCGCGAUCGGUUACAGAAAUGGCGCCUUAGAAGAGAACGCUGUGGUUCAAGAGGCGGCUUCUGGGUUUGAGAGCGUCGAGAAGCUCAUCAGGCUGCUUUCCCAGUCGAGUCAGGCGCCGGCCGGGUCAGAGCUCGAGAUGGAUUGCAGAGCGGUGGCCGAUGUCGCCGUCAACAAGUUUAAGCGGGUUAUUUCUCUUCUGGGCCGGACCAGGACCGGCCAUGCCCGUUUCAGACGGGCGCCUCUGGCCUCUCCGCCGGCAAAUCAGACCAAAGAAGGCUCUGAGAGUGCUACUAAGGUUUAUUGCCCAAGACCAAUCCAGCAGGUUCCGCUCGCGGGUUCCCACCCGAACCCGCUCCACCAUCUUCAAUCUCAGCACGACCAGAUGAUGAUCGUGAAUAGAGUCGUCGAGAGGAAGGACUCGGUUUCCAAGACCAUCAAUUUCUCGUACUCUCCGGCGAUUUCCGGCGGCACGUCCUUCAUGUCUUCGUUGACCGGCGACACCGAUGUCAAGCAGCCGUCGUCCUCGUCUCCGGCGUUUCAUAUUUCUCAUCUGUCCCAGGUCUCGUCCGCCGGACGACCACCGUUAUCCACUUCUUCUUUGAAGCGGAAGUGCAGCUCGUCGGAAAACGCCGGUUCCGGCCGGUGUAGUGGCUCGUCCGGCCGUUGCCAUUGUUCCAAGAAGAGAAAGCUGCGGCUGAAGAGGGUUGUUAGAGUUCCGGCGAUAAGCUCCAAGAUGGCGGACAUACCGCCGGACGAUUACUCAUGGAGAAAGUACGGCCAGAAACCCAUUAAAGGCUCUCCGUAUCCAAGGGGAUACUACAAAUGCAGCAGCGUGAGGGGCUGCCCGGCGCGUAAACACGUGGAGAGGGCAUUGGACGACCCGACGAUGCUCACCGUAACCUACGAAGGAGAGCACAACCACUCUCUCUCCGUCGGUGAAACGGCUGGCCUCAUCUUAGAGUCAUCUUAGGGUCACCGGCAUAGUUGCUAACUGGGGCGAGUCAGUGACUCGGCGCUCGCUAUCUCGAAGGAGAUUUUAGUGGGUUCAUUAGUUAAUUCCUUGUACAACACUGGUCACUGGGUCUUUUUUUUUUUUUUUUUAAAUGUGUAAUUUACAAUGAAUCCACAAAGGGAGAGGAAGGAGCGAUGGUGGAUUUGGUAAAACGUAUUUGAAAGAAUCCCAAGUGGGUGGGCUAUAUUCGCUCUUGCUUUA